AUGGACGGAGCUGAAAGCAUUGACACUAACCCCGGACUGUACCCUUCUCUGAUGGACACCUGUGCUCUGCCGUCCUUGAAAUAUACAGCCAAGACUAUGCAAUACGGCAUGAAUGUUAGCCCUGUCAACCCCGCCGGCGCUCCCAUGGCACCCCGACGGGACUCAAAUACUCCAUUAGGCCUCAUGGGACUUGUCACCAUCAUUGACGGACCCCCCACCGCGACAAUCCCGCCGCCACCCCGGGCUGAGGAGCUUGGCCUGCAGAUCCCGCCCGCAGCCGUAGCAAACAGAUUGAACGCCCCCGACGAGGAGCCUAGCACCUGGGAGCCACAGCUGGUUUGCCGCCAAGCCCCGCCAGCCCCGUCAGACAUCGUCAUCAUUGACACUGGAGGCAAGGGUGAGGAACACAAGUGGCGGGAUGCAAACCUUGCCGCCCAAGGCGUCAGUUUGUCGCCAUGA